AUGGCUAAGGAACCAUUUUCAGUGGCAGUGGACACCCCCAAGAUGUUGGAUCUGAUAGGAAUACUAAAGGAAUCCCUCAAGAUACCUUUAAAGAAUAUGAAGCUUAUGGUCUCAAUCAUGCUCCUUGUUCUGAUCCCAUUCUCUCUACUUGCUUUGAUCCACGAUCUUGUGGCUGGCCCAUUCCUGAUCGAGUUUGAAGAUCAAGAAUCCGACGGCGGAUGGAACCUCAGCACCUCUGGAGUCCAUAAAGACAUUGGAAUUCUUGCGGGGAUUGAAUCGGUCUUCUUCAUUGCUUUUUGUGUUCUAACUCCAUUCACAAUGACCGCUACCAUUUACGCAUCAUCAGCGAUAUACACCGGUAAGCUUUUGAGUCUUAUGGAUGUGUUCUUGAAGAUUAUCGCAAUAUGGAAGAGGCCCAUGAUCACAUGGUUGUACAUUUUACUAAUCACAGCUGGUUAUGCUUUCCUCCUUGUGAUGGUGUUUGUGGCAUUCACACUAAUUACUAACAGUGGGACUUUGAUCGCUUUGAUCGGCUUGGUGGGCCUUUCUGCAAUGCUAUUUUUAGUAUACUUAGCUGCAGUUUGGAUGUUGGGUCUCGUGAUUUCUGUGGUAGAAGAGGAUUGUUAUGGUAUGAAGGCAAUACAGAAGGCAGUGGACCUAAUCAAAGGAAGAAAGCUUCAAGGGUUUGGACUAAUGAUGCUUUUAGCACUCUUAAUCACUCCAAUUUAUGUGCUAUUCUGUCUCAACACAAUCGAAGAUGAAAGAGAACCAGCAGCUCGGAUUGUAAUCGGAGCCAUCGAGAUGGUUCUUGUCUGUGUCUUGAAGCUAUUCACCUUCAUUGCAUACACGGUGUUUUACUAUGAUUGUAAGAACAGCCAAGGAGAGGAAAUGGACAUGGAAGAACGGCGUGGAUUAGUUUCCACUAAUCUCUAUGUUAGUCACUCUCUUCCUUGA